GAGUUGGAGUAGUGGAGGUGGUGAUGGUGGUGCAGGCUGGUACGGGAGGUCGGGGGAUCCUGGUUUGAUUUAUGUGUUUGGGGGAAGCUGUCAGGAGCAGAGACAGGAGCAGCGCGCGGACUCACGUUUGAUUCCUGCGCGUUAAUAAUAAAGAGGAGCCGCUAUGCAACAACACGGAGAGCGCGUCUCACACUCUGGAGGCUUUUAUACAAAUACUAUACAACUUUAUUACAAUCCAGUCUUAAAGACCGUGCUCAUGCAGGGCAGGAUGGAUGUGGAUCUAUUACCGGUCGGGAUGUGUCCUCUUGUACCGGCUACUCUACCGGACAGCAGCACUGGAUGUAGCCCGGGAUGAGUGUUUUCUCCCGGACUGGUUCCUAGGAGCUUUCUGGAAGCCGUUUUCUUCCAUCAAGUCACGAGGAAAUAGGAGGAAAUCUCUCGGUCAGAUUGCAGGGGACCGUUGGAGAGACACCGUCACGUGACCCCCGGUACCAAAUGGUCUUCCGGCAGUGGCUCUCAACAAGGACCGGAGCACACCAAGACGCCGCCACUCCUCUCAGAAAUGCAGAAGACAACAUACUACGACAACUCCUCAACGCUUUUUGGUGGCUACUCGUCCUACCAGGGGGCUGCAGCAGCAGCGGCGGCCGCCAAUGGCUUUGGGGGCUACGAUGCCCCGGUCCCAGUGUCCCACCACCAGCCGGCCUUCCAGUCGGCGUCCCAUCUGGACGUGGAUUCGUACCAGCGCUCAGCCUGCUCCUUACAGGCACUGGGCAGUAACAGCAGCCACCAGCAGCAGCAGCAGCAGCUCGCCAAGAACAAGGAGCUGAAUGGCAGCUGCAUGCGGCCCAGUCUGCCGCCUGAGCACCACUCCGCCUCCCAGGUGUCCCCCCCACUGCCCCCCAACCCCAGCAAUGGUAAUACUGGGGCUCAGCAGCCGGGGGGCAGUGCUGGGGCUUCCUCAGUGUCCAAAUCAGGCCCCAAUAAGUCCUCUAAUUCCUCCUCGUCCAUAUCGUCCUCCACCUCGUCCUCCUCCUCCUCACUGCCCCCCAACCCCACCCUGGCCAAGCAGAUCUUCCCCUGGAUGAAGGAGAGUCGGCAGGCGACCAAGCAGAAAAACUGUUCACCCAGCAACAACUCUGGCAACGCAUCAGGAGGUGCAGAGAGCGGCAGCAGCGGGGAGAAGAGUCCAACUGGCGGCUCGUCAGCUUCGUCCAAGCGGGCUCGUACGGCGUACACGAGCGCCCAGCUGGUGGAGUUGGAGAAGGAGUUCCACUUUAACCGGUACCUGUGUCGACCACGCCGCGUGGAGAUGGCCAACCUGCUCAACCUGUCAGAGCGCCAGAUCAAGAUCUGGUUCCAGAACCGACGCAUGAAGUACAAGAAGGACCAGAAGGCCAAGGGCCUGAGCUCUAGCUCCGGGGGCCCCUCACCGACGGGUUCCCCACCCCUGACCAUGCAGUCCUCUGCCAGCUUCCUCAACUCCAUGCACCCCAUGGGAGGGGGUGGAGGAGGCUACGACGUCCCAUCUCCGCCGUCUUUCGGCAAACCGCACCAGGGAGUGUCUUACUCCAUGUCCACUGCCUACUCCAAUGUCCCAAUGAAGGGCUGCCCCCCCCAGCAGAAGUAUGGAGCCCCAGACCCGGACUAUGGCGACCCCCAUCCCCAUCACAGCCUGGUGCAGGCAAACAGCGCUGGCUAUGGGACUCCCACCAACAUGCAGGCCAGUCCGGUGUACGUGGGGGGCGGCAGCUAUGUGGAACAGAUGCCCGGCUCGGGGCCCUCCAUGUACGGGCUAAACCACCUCGGCCCCACGCCCCCCCACCACCAAACCAUGGACUACAACGGCGGGGGGCCCAUGUCGGGCGCAAACCAGCACCACGUGGGUGGAGGGGGGCCUCAGGGUCCCUGUGACCCGCCCACACACCCAACGUACACCGAGCUGUCGGCGCACCACACCUCGACUCAGGGCAGAAUCCAGGAAGCACCCAAGCUCACUCACCUGUAGCAGGUUUGGAACAAAAUGUAGGAAAUAGUGAAGACGACACAGAACGAGUAACACGACUCACUAACAGACUAACACACGAGGACUCUCCUGCUGCAGAGGGACGGAGGGCAGACAGAAUCUGACCCACAGGGGCCUUCCAGUGGUUUGUUGUGUGCUCUCCAAAAUAUGGUGUGUCCAGUACCUCAGUCUGAUCAGGGAUACACCAUUGUCCAACACUUUCGAAAUACAGUCUGUUUGAUUUAUUGAGCCUUUUAUGAUGAAGCUUUGCCGGGUCUGAAUCUUUAACCAUGACAAAAAGAAUGAAAAACAGACACAUCUCUGCCACGUCAAAGUGCUAAAAUCAACGGUAGCUGCCAAAAAAAAGCUGAAGUAGUUUAUCCCAGAUUGAACUUAAGUUUCUCUCUAAAACAGUCUGACCCGUUUAACACUGCUGUAUCUUUUUCACUUCUCCCCAGAAAAUAUUCUAGUUAGUUAAAAAUUCAAAACAAGCAAUGGCUUUCCCGAACAUUAUCUAUAAUUCAUUAUCUCAUUGUUCCUUUCACUUAUAUGGCCAAAAAUAUGACUUAACAUGAUUCUUUUUUUUUAUUAAUAAAUGGCUUUGUUUAUCACGAUAGAAAAUAUGAUGAAAAUGCAGUUUUAAGGUGUUUCCUAAGCAACACCAUAUGGUUUAUUCGUCAAAAAGUUAAGAUAGUUUAAUCCCACACUUUUCUACAUAAAGAUAAUUACUGUGAUUAUUUAGCAGCUAUUGAGGGCUGCUAGCUGAGCUGUUGCGAACAACGUUAACUCGAUUUUUAUGUGAAGUAUUAAUAGAUAAGAAUAAUGUUUUUUUUAUGAAUUUUAUGAUAAUAAUCUGAGUAGCAGUGAGGCCCUUUGGUUGGGUCUCGAGCAGCUAGCAUUACCUUGUUUUCUUAUUCAAAGUGAUGCUAAUUUUUGACCUACAUGAUAAGCUAGUCCUCAUUGAGAAAUGCUCUAUCAUCACAUUAACACAUUUAUGCUUUUAGAUCCACAUCAAGUGAAAUAAUACUUUUUUUUUUUUUUUUAUAUACUAUCAAUGCUAAAUUGAUCCCGUACCAAUACAGUUCUAACAUCCAUCCUUACAUUCUAUUAUUAACAGAUUCAGUAUGAACCUAUCUACGCUCCACUGAGUGUGAUUCUGGUCCCAGAGCAGUGAAGCAUACUGUAGGCGUGGGAGACGAGGUGUACAGUCAAUUGUCUCCCACGUCCCCCUGGGGGACAAUAAAUGUCAGGGAGCUCGUCUUCUGGCACUCCUGCAGAGAAAUAUCGGCAGCCGUGUGGCAUAAAGAGAUGUACGGUGAGCACCGUGUUUAAAUCUGUGCUCAUAGGUGGACUGAGGAUUUACUGCAAUACAGACCGUGUUAGCUAAACAUGGCAAAUGUCAUAGAGAUUAAAAAUAUCAGAUCAUCAUGAGCUGAUUUGAGGAACUAAAAAACGAUGAAAGCCGUAAUGAUGAGUAGUUUUCCUCCGUUUAUUUGUUAACAGCUGUACAAACAGGUUUUAUUCUAGUGGAGCAAAAAGCAGCUCAGCUAGCAUGUUGUCAAAAAGCCUCUGAUGGCUUUCUCAGCUAGUAUAUGGUUUUAAAUUGUACUUUGAUAAUAAAGCUUCCCCUUAAGACUCUCACGUAUACAAACAGCUCUCCCCACCGGUAAAUGAAAUAGUUGGUAUUUUAAUGGGCAGUUAACCAAGUGGGUAGAUUUAUGAGGCCGCGCUCUCUCCCCCUCCAGGCAACACAUGUUGUUGUCAGCCGAGCUGAGCAAUGUGGAGGUCUGCCUCUCAUUCAGCCCCAGAAACACGGCCCUCGUCUUCCUCUCUUUCCCCUGUUUUCACGGAGCACAUAAAAAAAAAACCACUGGAUGGUCUUCAUCGUGUCUUUCUGCCUCCUCCCGUCUCUGUCCGUUCAGACUGAAUCACUACUAACCCUCUGUGUCCGUCUGUGGCAGCAGCACAUGACUUCUGAAGGAGGCACAACCUCUCACAAUCCGCCACAGACUUCUUCCCCCCACAACCAACAAACACACACUCACACAUGCACAACAUACAUGCACAUACCACACUUUCCAUCUCUCUGGCUCCCAGAGACACACACCUGUGCUAAGCUGUGAUAGCUAAUCACGUCUUCGCACAGGACUCCUUAAAAAGAAGGUGUUUCACCGGGUAGGAGAGGAUUUUCAGGACACAGCUGUGCAUCAAAGUAAACAGAGGGGUCAAAGUGUGGUUAUGUCUGUCUCUGAAGGCCACUGUAAUCAAAAACAAGACUCCAACAUUUCAGUAAAACAGGCUUCAACUGAGUCACCUCAAUCCUGAUAAACAAAUAAGUUAUUUGUUCCAGUGUGAUGUCCUGGUGGUCAGUGUGAGAACUGAUCCACAGUAGGGUGAAUUCGGUUGCAGCUGUUGGCCGUAAAAUUUCAAGGAGCAACAAACCUUGAGUAUCCUCAUAAUUGGAUGAUCACAAACAAACAUGAAAGUCUCUCUGUGUGAGGUCACAUCAGACUGAGCUCUGCUGGAGCUUUAAGACAAACAUUAGCUUCACACGAAUCUUUUUAGGUCACAGCUUUUGCUAAAUUUAUCCAAAAGUGACUCGAUGGCCCAAAGUGAGCUGUCAGGUGAAAUACUGAGUUUUUAAGGAGUCUGACUUCACACACACACAUCAUCAGGUGAUGCUAAGCUAGCUUCCUUUCACUGACACACACCCAGCCAGCUGUGGACAUCCUCAAACAAACACACGAGUGGACACGGAAGAGACUUUUUUAAUGUUCUUAUUUUAGCACAUCAUCGACACAGGGUAAUAAUAAGAGUGGAGAACACUAUUUAUUUAUGUUUGGGUAAGUCACUGCCCUUUUCUCUCUCUUUCUCUCUCUCUUUCUUUCUCUCUCUCUCUCUCUCUCUCUCUCUCUUUCGUAUGCGUCCACAUUUUAUAUCGUUUUGUUUUGUUCUCACAUAUCUUGACUUUUAAACGUGGAUACAGGGUAUAUAUUUGAACAAAAAUGCAUGUCCCAGAGGUCGGAGCUGACGUGUUCGAGACACUUUUAAAAACCUGCAGAGUUUAUUUGUCUGAGCGGUGAGAGGGGAGUUUGGGAUGACAUACAUGAGACUGUUUCUGCUAGCAUGUGUGAAUAUGUGUGUGCGUGUGUGUGUGUGUGUGUUGACCCUAGCUACACUCUCUGCUGCUCUGGGAAUAAAUCUAUGGUUUGUUUUUUUUAAAGUGCAGACUGACACAGACGCUCCUCUCACCUGGGCAUCAUUGUUGCACUUAGAGUUUACAUUUUGAUGGUUAAAAGGUAAAAAAUGAUAAUAAUAAAAUCUUAUUUUGAAGACGAAAGGCCCUCCAAUCAAAGCGUCUUUCGCAAAUGUGUGUUCAAGUGAACAUUCAUAUAUAAAUAUUUAUUUGUUAUAGCCAGUUUAAAAAGACUUUCUGUUUUGUAUUAUUAUUUAUCCUUCAUGUAUUUAUAUCGAGGAAAAAUACUGUACUUUUUUAGUAUUUACCUGUUAUGAAAGAAAAAAAACAACGUUGUGUUUCUUCUUGUCCAUUGUACUGAAGUUACAUUUUUUUAGUUCUUGUAUUUUAGAAGAAAAAAGUAGUUUUUAUGUUCCUAUGAUGACCCUUGUACAUAAAUGUCUUGGCUUGUACAGGGACAAAAGGCAGGGGUGGGGAUUGGUGACCCGUCCGUGCAUAGUCUGAAAAUUUAGACCAACUAUUAGCUGGAAAAAAGAACGAGUCUUUUUGGAGAAAACAACUUCUUUCUUUGUCCUUUGUAGCUCCUUUUUCUUUCAUUGUUGAGAGAGUUGUCUGUCGAACAAUUCUUUAAUAAAAUGUUAUGUUAUUCAGA